GACGACUACUCAGCCCAAGCCGAGGUUCCUUCCAUAGUCAUUAUUGCCAUCAACAAACUGCAUUGCGUUCCAAUCCGGCUUGUUAUUUGUAGCAGUUACCUACAAUUGCUUCCGUUAGGAAUCGAUUUGGCAACCUGUGUUCCUGGAUUGAAUAUCAGUGUCUGUUUGGAAGCAGAAGAGACGCAGGAUCCAUCCGCCCUGAAAUAUGGUGAAGGUGCGGAUGAACACCGCUGACGUGGCGGCGGAGGUCAAGUGCCUCCGUCGUUUGAUUGGGAUGCGUUGCUCUAAUGUUUACGAUCUUACUCCAAAGACGUACGUGUUUAAGCUGAUGAGUAGCAGCGGAGUGACCGAGUCUGGGGAGAGUGAGAAGGUUUUGCUGUUGAUGGAAAGUGGCGUCAGGUUGCAUACAACAGUCUAUAUGCGGGACAAAAGCAAUACCCCAUCAGGUUUUACAUUGAAAUUAAGAAAACAUAUAAGAACAAGAAGGCUUGAGGAUGUGCGCCAACUUGGCUAUGAUAGGAUAAUUCUCUUUCAAUUUGGAUUGGGUGUUAAUACCCACUAUGUCAUUUUGGAGCUGUAUGCCCAAGGAAAUAUUCUUCUUACAGAUUCUGAAUUCACAGUCUUGACUCUACUUCGAUCUCAUAGGGAUGACAACAAGGGAUUAGCAAUCAUGUCCAGACAUCGAUAUCCAGUUGAACAAUCCCGUGCUUUUGAGCGUACAACUAGAGAAAAGAUGUUGACAAUUCUGGAAUCUUUAGUAGACAGUAAUAGAAGUGACCAUCUAAAUAAUUCUGAACUUCGAAACAAUAGUUCAAAUAUUCCCAAUGGGAAGCUUGAAAGCCAGAAAAAUAAGACUAAGCAAGCAACACUGAAAGUUGUUCUUGGGGAAACAUUGGGUUAUGGACCAGCAUUGUCAGAACAUAUUAUAUUAGAUGCUGGUUUAAUACCAAAUACAAAGGUUGGUAAGGACUUUAAAUGGGAUGAAAAUACCUCCCAGGUGCUGUUUGAAGCUAUAACAAGGUUUGAGGACUGGUUAGCAGAUGUUAUAUCUGGUGAAAAAAUUCCGGAAGGGUAUAUCUUGAUGCAGCAGAAAAGUUUAGGGAAAAAUCAUAAUUUCAUAUCUGGAAAAGUUACUUCGGAGCAGAUCUACGAUGAAUUCUGCCCUCUGUUGCUAAACCAGUUCAAGUCUAGAGAUGCUAUGCAGUUUGAGCUAUUUGAUGCAGCAUUGGAUGAAUUCUACAGUAAGAUCGAAAGUCAACGCUCAGAACAGCAACAAAAGUCUAAAGAAAAUACUGCGAUGCAGAAGCUUGAUAAAAUCAAACUUGAUCAGGAAAACCGUGUCCAUGCACUGAAGAGAGAAGUUGAGCAGUGUGUCAAAAUGGCAACAUUGAUAGAAUACAACUUAGAAGAUGUAGAAGCUGCCAUCUUAGCAGUUCGUGUAGCUCUAGCAAAUGGUAUGAGCUGGUCAGAUUUGGCUAGCAUGGUGAAAGAGGAGAAGAAAUCUGGAAACCCUGUAGCUGGCCUCAUUGACAAGCUUCAUCUAGAAAGAAAUUGCAUGACACUUUUAUUGAGCAACAAUCUGGAUGAAAUGGAUGAUGAUGAAAAAACUCAACCAGUGGAUAAGGUUGAAGUUGAUCUUGCCCUUUCUGCCCAUGCAAAUGCUCGUCGAUAUUAUGAGAUGAAGAAGAAACAAGAGACCAAACAGGAGAAGACCAUUACGGCACAUGAGAAAGCUUUCAAAGCUGCCGAGAAGAAAACUCGCCAGCAACUUUCACAGGAAAAAACUGUUGCCACAAUUACACAUAUGCGCAAGGUUCAUUGGUUUGAAAAAUUCAAUUGGUUCAUCAGUAGCGAGAACUAUUUGGUAAUCAGUGGGAGAGAUGCUCAACAAAAUGAGAUGAUAGUCAAACGUUACAUGUCCAAAGGAGACCUGUAUGUCCAUGCAGAACUCCAUGGUGCAUCUAGUACUGUAAUAAAGAAUCACAAGCCUGAUAACCCCGUACCUCCUCUCACUUUGAAUCAAGCCGGAUGCUUUACAGUUUGCCACAGCCAGGCUUGGGAUUCAAAGAUUGUUACAAGUGCCUGGUGGGUGUAUCCUAAUCAGGUCAGUAAAACAGCUCCCACAGGUGAAUAUCUCACAGUAGGAAGCUUCAUGAUUCGUGGUAAAAAGAAUUUUCUCCCUCCACACCCACUCAUUAUGGGUUUUGGAAUUCUAUUUCGAUUGGAUGAGAGUUCCUUGGGAUCUCAUCUGAAUGAAAGAAGGGUACGAGGAGAAGAGGAAGGAAUAAAUGACACUGAGCAAGAUGAACCUUUCAAAGAAAUUUCCGAUUCUGGUUCUGAUUCUGAGAAGGAACUGUCAGGUGAAAAGACCACAUUUGAUGAUUCAGCAAACCUUAAGGACAUGUCACUAGAAAGACCAUCAGGGGAUGCUUUCUCAUCGAUGGCCUCCAAUGAUUUGGAUGUUCCUGAGGCAAUUAUGAAGCAUGAUUCAUCAGAUGAUGUGACUACUAAAGUAGAUAUUUCUGAUAAAAGUAAACAACCUGAUUCUUCAGGUGAAGCCUCGGCCUUUGUUACACCUAAUUUGGAGGAUUUAAUGGAUAAAGCUCUUGAGCUGGGAUCUUCUACUGCUUUCGCCAAGAGUUAUGUGCUGCAUACCUCUCAAGAAGAUGUAGUUGAAGAGCAUGACCGGGAAAUGACAAAAUCCCCAAGAGAUAAACCCUAUAUCUCAAAAGCUGAAAGAAGAAAGCUAAAGAAAGGUCAAAAGGAUGAUGCUGUCCAUUUGUCAGCCGAACAUGAAAAGGGGAAGGAAGAAAGUAAUGAAUCUGCAAGUGGGCGUGACAAUCAUGUUAAAAACUCAAAGCCAGGUCAUGGAAAACCUACCCGAGGACAAAAAGGAAAAUUGAAAAAGAUAAAGGAAAAAUAUGCUGAUCAGGAUGAGGAGGAACGCAGCAUUAGAAUGGCUCUUUUGGCUGCUUCCGGAAAACCAAAGAAGAACAAUGAGAAGUCUGAAAAUGGACAGUCAGCUGCAGAAAAAGGAACCAAUCCCACCGCCAAUAGCAGUUUUGAUCAUAAUACAGCCCCUGCAAACGCUUCAAAGAUAUGUUACAAAUGCAAGAAGGCAGGUCACACAUCCCGAGAUUGUCCGGAACAGCCAGAUGAAACUCUAAGGAGCAAAGCUGAUGCUGAAGUAGAGAGGGGUGGGAGUGAGGCAGCAGAUAGGGUGACCAUGGACGAGGAUGACAUUAAUGAAAUAGGGGAAGAAGAGAAAGAGAAACUUAACGAUGUCGACUAUUUGACUGGAAAUCCUCUGCCUAAUGAUGUCCUAUUGUACGCCGUACCUGUCUGUGGUCCAUACAGCGCCGUACAAUCAUACAAAUACCGCGUCAAGAUAAUUCCCGGCUCACUGAAGAAAGGGAAAGCGGCAAAGACGGCAAUGAACCUGUUCAGUCACAUGGCGGAGGCAACAACGAGAGAGAAAGAGUUGAUGAAGGCGCAAACAGACCCUGAGCUUGUUGCUGCUAUCAUUGGUAAUUCAAAGGUUUCUGCUGCAGGGCUCACUCAGCUUAAGCAAAAGCAGAAGAAAACCAAAAAGGCCAACAACAAGAUCCAUCACUAGACUCACACAAGCAGACAUUGCAGUAAGCAUAGCCUAGCCUCACAACCAGAUAUUAUUAUUACCCAGUAUGACAUCACUUUUGUAUGCGAGGAAGGGUCGAAAUCUAAUGUGUUCACAUCUU